AUCACGUGUGUGUCAUCAAACCGCAAAACUAACCUCGAACCUUCAAAUUUGUACUAAGAUGACCCAAACAGAACAAUGACAACAAAAAUGUUACAAUUUUUCCUAAUAAUAAGCGCUGUGAAUGUAAUUUGUGAUAGUUUUAAUCCCAUAUAUUUGAACUUGAGUUACAGUGAUUUUUACACAUUUUCAAUCAACAAAUCCGUUGAAUACAUUCUCGAAUUUUCAGCCCCGGAACUAAAAUACCCUCCAAGAGUCACAAUAAACAGCAGCGAUGCUCAAAUAAAAAAUCCCCUGAUGGUAGUUGCAAGACAACCCAAAGAAUUACUGUCAUGGCAGCUACCAAUGGUGUUGGAAAGCGACACCGGUAAUCACAAUUUUACGAAAAUAUCACGGACUCUGUGCCACGAUAUGUACCGGGAUUACGCCCCCAGAGGACUGGAAAUCACAUUAGACAGCCCCAUAGUAAGUGUCUCAACGGCGUCCCCCCAAAAUGUGACUUUCACGGUACACGUCGACUACCAAGAAGACUUUUUCAUCAGUCCUUCUGUCAAAUACAACUUCAAUAUAACCCCAAGCGAACCCCGAUUCUACUUUUACAAUUUUACCACAAAUGUGACCGAAACUCCGAAUUCAAACUACGAAACUGUUAUUUUGGAGGUUUUCUCCGAGGAUUUUGUGUGUAUGACUGUCAGUAUUCAAAAUGCAAGCUGCCCAGUGUUUGAUACCAAUCAGGACAUCACUUUUCGGGGAUUUUACGAAACUGUUAACACACAAGGGGGAAUUACCAUACCUAAAUACAAAUUCCCUUUCGGCUUCUUCGCCGUGUUCGUGGCAAAGCCCGACGACUCCGACUGCACUGGCGUGCCAUCCCUUUUCUACGACACCAACCGCACCAAAACCAUCACCCUCAUCGUGAAACCCAGCAUCUCGUACCAAGACUACGUCAAUGCCGUCAUCGCCACACUCUCCUCCAUCGGCGUCUUCUACUUCCUCUUCAUCGCCGGUUUCUUCUUCUGCUCGAAACGCGGCUACGUCCCGAGACAGAUGGAGUACGUCAGCAGCGAACCGGCGACUCCUAGCACAACCUGUCCCGAAGAAGGCGACGACAUCUCACUCGACGAGACUGAAUACGACGUCGUCUCCGAAGCCGACCAAGACAAGUCCAUCAGGUUGGGAAAAUCGGUGAUUUUUUUGAGCGACUUAGCCCGGAAAGACCCACGAGUGCACAAAUACAAGUCUUAUCUCUACUUAUACAACGUUUUAACAGUUGCGCUCUUUUAUGGUUUGCCCGUUAUUCAAUUAGUUGUGACCUAUCAGAGGGUUUUGAACGACACGGGACAACAGGAUCUUUGCUACUAUAAUUUUUUGUGUGCCCACCCUUUGGGGGUCAUCAGCGAUUUCAAUCACGUCUUCUCGAAUAGUGGUUACGUGCUUUUGGGGCUGUUGUUUCUGGGGAUUACAUAUAGGAGGGAAAUCACCCACAAGGAUCUCACUUUUGAACGGCAAUAUGGCAUUCCGCAACACUACGGCAUGUUCUACGCCAUGGGGGUGGCCCUGAUCAUGGAAGGCGUCCUUUCGGGGAGUUACCACGUGUGUCCCAACCAAGCCAACUUCCAAUUCGAUUCUAGUUUUAUGUAUGUGAUGGCCGUCCUCUGCAUGGUCAAACUCUACCAAAACCGGCAUCCAGACAUCAAUGCAACGGCUUAUGCCACUUUUGGGGUCUUGGCUGUUGCUAUUCUUUUAGGGAUGAUCGGGAUUUUGGAAGGGAAUCUCUACUUUUGGAUUGUUUUCACCAUCAUUUACUUAUUGUCGUGUUUUUAUCUCAGUAUUCAAAUUUAUUAUAUGGGGUGUUGGAAAUUGGAUAGGGGUUUGCUAAUAAGAGUCUGGCGAAUUUGUGUGUACGAAUUUUGGUCAGGACCUUUAAAUGUUAUCAAACCGAUUCAUAAAGCCAGAAUGUGUCUUUUAAUUAUCGGAAAUUUGUGUAAUUGGGGGAUGGCAUUCUGGGGGCUUUACCAACAUCAGAAGGACUUUGCCCUCUUCCUCUUGGCUGUGUUUAUGGGCAACACUUUAUUGUAUUUCUGUUUCUAUAUUGUUAUGAAGAUUAUCAACAAGGAAAAAGUCAACAAAUUGUCACUAUUCUUCCUAUCUUUGUCAACACUUUGUGCCAUUUCAGCAAUGUAUUUUUUCCUAAAUAAAAGUAUUUCCUGGUCGAGAACCCCCGCACAAUCAAGACAAUUUAACCAAGAGUGUAAACUAUUGAGAUUUUACGACUUCCACGACAUUUGGCACUUUUUAAGUGCCAUUGGGAUGUUUUUCACGUUCAUGGUCCUUUUAACUUUAGACGAUGACUUGUCCCACACCCAUAGGAACAAAAUUGUGGUAUUUUAAACUAUUUUGUAUUAAGGUUUAGGUAAUAAAAUUGAACCAAUA